AUGUCCUCAUCACCAAACGAGUCAAAGGCUCUGUGUGACUACCUCGGGAUAGAGGAGGAGGUGGACUAUGGUAGCGAUACUAGUGUCCGCGGUGAUACAGGGACAAUGUCCGGCUCACUGAUGCCUGAGGCACAACUUUCGAACACCCCACAUCCGUUCGCUGAACGUGGAGAUGCGAGCGCGCCACCAGCGCAGCAUGCAGCGUCUGGGUCUGAUGAGACUAUCAUCACGAACCCGCUCGAUGAGCAACAACAACUGCUUGUUCAAAGAGAAGAAAACGCUCUGCUUUAUGCACAAAUGGGUGUUACACUUGAGCGCCAGCGUGACUAUGUGUUCACUCGACCCAGUGUGAAGGAACGUCUACGUCAAGCAGCCGGCCAAGCAUUGGCGACGUGGGUCAUCGGCCAUGGGCCUAAGACUCCUGAGGAGGUGGUGAUCUGCCAGGAACUCCGUGAGAGGUACCUGGAGCCGAACCUAAUGACUCAAAGUCAAUACAAGACACGCCUUAACAUGCAAGCACGUGGUGCACCGGUUCCACCGAUCAAGGGUAUACCCAUUCUCUUGUUCGCAGGCAAAACAGUGAGCGAAGAAGACGAAGUCUUCCUUCGCUGGGUGCAUUACGCCAGAAGCCAAUUGCGCAAGCGCACGAGAUAUGCUUCGGCUACUACGGUAGCCGCGAGUGCUGGUCAGUCUUGGGCCAACAACCCGCCAACCCGCACCAAUAGUGUUAGCGAACGGCCUCGGUCUCGAGAUGACCAUGGCCACGAUGCUCAAAAGCUUUCUAAGCAAAAGUGCAGUCUUGCCGAAGGGGUACCUCAAAUUCCCAUGAGUUUUCAGACUCAGGGUACCCACGCCACUUUAUCAGAUACUGGUAUUGGCCCUGACGACGUCGUUUCAGUAGUCUCUCGACACGAAACUGACGACACCCAUGCUCAUCAAGCAGAGUCGGUGGCGGCCGGUGUACCGGUGGAGACCCACGAGAAAUUGCUUCUAGAAGUGGAGGAUCUUCACGAGACCUUAAAAAAUACCCAGUGCAUGCUGGAUGCGAUGCAAAGCCGCCUUCAAGCGAUGGAGCAAGCUCAAACUUGGAGCGAGGCUCAGUUGGACCUGCUGAUUCGUCUACAGCAGUCCGGGCUACGCCCUUAUCGUUGGCGCAAGCGCCUCCAUGUUCACAUGUGA